AUGACAGACAAACGGCAUGCUAAAGACAUAGAACUCCUGCGACUAUACCUACAAGAUCUCCCGAAUGAAUUGCCCUUACGUUCUGCCCAAGAUUCGUCCUAUGGUUUCCACGCAUUUGGGCUUGACGAGGAAUGGCUGAAGGAAGAGGGUCAGGAAGCAGCCGCAAACCGCCAGCUUGAAGUCCAGUGGGGAACACCACGCACCACAGUCGCAGUGUUGAGAGAACGUGGCCCGGGCAUUGAGGCUAUUGCAGACGUGUUGGAUCAACACCUCGGGAUGUUACCUGACUCAGUCCUCUUGCAGAAGUGGUUGGAUGAUGUGCUAGACUCCGUCAGGCUGACCUUCGAAGUAUACACAAAAGAUGUAAGAUUAUUAAAGGUGCAGUCACCGGAACAUUCACUUACGAAGUCAUCCGGCGGAGCCGAGGCGUCUGAUGCAGCAUCAUCACCCCCCAAAGCGCCGAAGCAGCAGCGCUCUAAGCGAAAGAAAAUCGACAGCCAUAAGCUCACGGACAUAGCUGAUCCCGCCUGGCGGGACCUACCUGAAGGAGCAGACGGACGCUCAUCUGGCGCUAAGGCACACCCCGAUCUCAUAGCUUCGACAAGGCUCUUUGCAAUGAUAGAGUACCUACGCCAUUGUCGUCACAGCACUCUGUCUUUCGAUGGGGGCAAGAGCCGACGCGGAAAAGGACUGUUCUCAAUUCAUAGCACAACGGCUGAUCGUCGGCCCUUCUUGCUAGAGCUUUGUGACGUCUCGGGACUUAGUCACACGGGGAAGAUGAUUGAAGAAUUACUGGAAGACUGGAUAGAUGACAUCGGCCCGCACCAUUUCUCGGGUAUUGUCUCCGAUAAUACAGGCAAUACUGCGAAGGCUCGCAGGCUGAUCUGUGAAACACACCCUCAUAUAUUCAACAUGCAAGAUUGCUGUCACGAGCUUGACCUUGCUAUCGAGGACAUUUGUCGCUUGCCGGAAAUCAAGAAGAUAAUCGCCCUUGUACGGGAGAUCCUCGCGUACAUGAGCAGGUCAGUGUACGCAAGGGAGCAGCUUGAUAUUGAGCGCGAGCGGCUUGGAAUUUCACGCGGUCUUGAAAGUAUUGUGGAUACACGGUUCGGAACAGUGUACUGGGCCGGUGCAUCCGUCGAGCGCAACCUCGAUGCCCUGCGUGCGAUCGCAGCCAAUAAUGAACUUGCACCCUUUGCAAAAGCCAUCAGGUCACUCGAGCACUCACAUGCUUCAGCCGCAGAUGUCUUCUUAUUCUGGCUUGCAAUCCUUGCACAGCUAGAGCAUCUUUUCAAGGGUAAUCGUAGUGGCUUCACCAGUAAGACAAUCGAGAGUAUACGUGCCAUAACAAAUAAGCGUUUCGAGCAUAUGAUCAGUGGUUCUGCGAACAACAUCUAUGUUGUCGCGUUCUUCCUGGAUCCCCGUGCGUUCAUAUUGCAUGCCGGAGUCUUAUUCAGUGCUGAUGAAUAUCUGGCAGGGAUCCGGAACGCGCCUAUCUUUAAGCAGCGCAAUCCUCUCGCGGUUGGGCUGAGUCUCCUUACUAUCUUGAAGAAUGAAUAUGGCGCGGAAGUCCUUGCUAUGAAAGAUUCAGAUUCAAAGCAGAUCAAGAAAGCAAUGAAAAUCCGGAACCCUCAUCUUGCCAGUAUAUUACCGCGAGAUGCGAACGUUCUGCUGAAGGAGCAGUUUCAAAGUUACGUGAAGAGACGAGAGCCUUUUAAUCGCCGCUUCCGUGAUGGUGAGACUGUCAAGCAGUGGUGGGAAGCCGUACGAAGAGAUCAGAUGGGCCAGGUUCUCGGCGCACUUGCUGUGAAGAUCUUCUCGGUGUCGGUAAAUUCCAUGGUUGACGAACGAGCUAUGUCGAGCGUUACAUGGUUGAAUUCCAAGUUACGGAGUCGACAAGACAUUUUGACUCUCAAUGACACUAUUAUGAUCCGUGGCUGGCAUAGGUGGAAUCCCCAGGUAUCAGCCACCUUUUACACAGGACUGCGAACUUCGCUGACCACUAUGCGAGUAUAG